CAUAUAAAAACCCCUCAAUGCCACAACUAUAUUCCAUCCAUAAUUCAUAAGUUGAUUAUCUACACAAACAUAAUCUCAAAGUCUAUCCACUUUUUAAAGGAUAAAAAACUUUUCUUGAAACAAAUCAUGGGUGCCCAAGAUUUGCAUCAAAAACAUUGUGAUUUGUUGGAAAUUAAAAGAAAAUGCAUCAAAAACUCAUCAAGAAAUCUUUUAUGGAACAAGGUUAUGGAAGCUAAAGCCAAGGGAACAUGGUUAGGAAGUUGGAUACAAAAGAUGGAAGCAAAAGGAGGCCAAAAACAACAUUCAAACUCAGGUAUAAUGAAGCUCAGAAGAAAGAAUAAUACUGCUCUAAAGAUGAUAAAAAGAAAGCGGGCUCGAAGGGCGGGUCAAGAAGGUUCUAGAAGGUGUACCAUGAUCGAAAAGAAGGUUCGAACCUUGAAGAAAUUGAUCCCAAACGCGGGCUCGUCGGUUGGUCUUGAUGGGCUGUUUAGAGAGACUGCUGAGUACAUAUCAAAUUUAGAAAUGAGAGUGAAAAUUAUGCAAGCUGUGGUAAAUGCAUUGUCAAAGUCUUGAGUCAAUUUGAUUGUUUACUUAAUUUUAAUGAUUUACAAAGUAUAAUGAAGAUGAUGUAUGAAAGUAUAUGAUCAUAUGAUAUUCUGUAGUGUAAUUAAAAAAAAAAACCUUUAUUUGCAUUA